AAAUCAUUUCAUAACGUAUUUGAAAGAGUAGGGGUGUUUGGCGGUAUGAGCCAGAAGCGGUGCAAGUAUGAGAUUGAUGAAGAAGAAGAUGGAACCACCAUGGAGAUGCUACAGCUUGGGGCUGAGAGGACCAAGAAUGUGUUGAUUCUCAUGAGCGAUACCGGUGGUGGCCACCGUGCUUCGGCCGAGGCCAUUCGUGAUGCUUUCAAUUUGGAAUAUGGCGAUGAAUACAAUGUUUUUGUUAAGGAUGUUUGGAAGGAAUACGCGGGUUGGCCAUUGAACAACAUGGAGCAACAAUACAAGUUUAUGGUUAAACACGUGCAGCCGUGGAAGGUUGCAUUUCAUGGCACCUCACCUUGCUGGAUACAUUCUAUGUAUCUUGCUGCCAUUGCCGCCUACUAUGCAAAGGAGGUAGAAGCUGGGUUAAUGGAGUACAAGCCAGACAUUAUCAUUAGUGUCCAUCCUCUUAUGCAACACAUUCCACUCUGGGUUCUUAAGUGGCAAGGCCUGCAAAAGAAAGUAAUUUUUGUCACCAUCAUUACAGAUCUCAAUACUUGCCAUCGUACAUGGUUCCACCCAGAUGUGAAUCGGUUGUACUGUCCCUCUGAGGAGGUUUCAAAGAGGGCAUUGCUAGAUGGCUUGGAAGAAUGUCAAAUACGAGUUUUUGGGUUACCUAUUCGCCCCUCAUUCUGCCGUGCACUUCUCUCUAAGGAUGAGCUAAGAGUGGAACUGGAGAUGGAUCCAAUAUUACCAGCAGUUUUGCUGAUGGGCGGUGGUGAUGGAAUGGGCCCUGUGAAGAAAACUGCAAAGGCACUUGGAGAAGCAUUGUUCGAUAAAACGCUUGGUAAACCAAUUGGCCAAAUGGUGGUCAUAUGUGGACGCAAUGAAUCCCUUGUUUCCGCAUUACAACAACAUCAAUGGAACAUUCCUGUUAAGAUAAGAGGCUUUGAGAAACAAAUGGAAAGGUGGAUGGGAGCUUGUGACUGCAUUAUAACAAAGGCUGGACCUGGUACAAUUGCAGAAGCCUUAAUCAGAGGGCUUCCCAUUAUUCUCAACGAUUACAUUCCUGGCCAAGAAAAGGGAAAUGUUGCACACGUAGUUGACAACGGUGCAGGUUUUUUCACCCGACACCCCAAGGAAACAACGACGAUAGUUGUGGAAUGGUUUAGCAGCAAGUGCGAUGAGCGAGAGCGGAUGGCUGAGAACGCACUCAAACUCGCACAACCAAAUGCUGUAUUCGACAUUGUGAAGGACAUCCAUGAGCUUGCAGCACAACGAGGGCCCCUUGCUGAUAUCCCUUAUAUGCUUACCUCCUCAUUUUCCAGCUUAAUAUAA